AGGGCAGCGAAGCAGGCAAACCCCGUUCCGAACUCCCAAAUAUGAAAAUGAAAAUGAAAAACAGGUAGUUAGGGUUUUCAAAGUCCCCGCCAAAAUAUCUCACUUCCAUGGCUCCAGUCAGCGACGAGAAGCCAGAGACGACGACCCCUAUAGCUCCAAAGCCCUCCGCAACCCCCGGCUCUGUAGUCUCUGGCAUUGGCUCUCCUCAACCUCCUCCUCCUCCUACGGACUCUUCAUCGAGCGCCAAGGACCACAUUCUCUCCGUCGCCUCCAAGAUCGCCUCCCAGCCUCUCCAAAACUCCGACCCCGACGUCUGGGCCGUCCUCACCGCCAUCUCCGCCAAUGCCCGCAAACGCCACCAGAGCAUCAAUAUGCUUUUGACUGCGGACGAGCAUUGCAUCGGGCGGUUGGUAGGAGAUACGCGUUUCCAGAUUGAGUCCAAUGCGGUCAGCGCAAAUCAUUGCAAGAUAUAUAGGAGGAGGCUCAGUGCCGAUGAUUCUUCGGAGCACACGGUCUUCCUGAAAGACACGAGCACAAAUGGGACAUAUCUCAAUUGGGAGAAGUUGAGGAAGAGUAGUGCCGAAGCCAGACUCCGUCACGGUGAUAUUAUAUCGUUUGCUGCUCCUCCUCAGCAUGAAAUUUCAUUUGCGUUUGUAUAUCGAGAAGUUCUUGUGUCCACACUCAUGGCAGAUGGUGCAGUUUCAAAAAGAAAAGCAGAGGAGUUUGUUACCGACAACAAGAGACUAAAAGGUAUUGGCAUUGGUGCUCCUGAGGGACCUAUCUCUCUUGAUGAUUUUCGAAGCCUUCAACGGUCAAACAUGGAACUGAGAAAGCAAUUGGAAAAUCAGGUCCUUACAAUUGAUGCAUUGCGUGAUGAGAAUCGCGCAUCAGUUCAGCGUCAUGAAAAUGAAAUGAAAGAACUCAAAGAAUCAGUUUCAAAGUCAUACCUUGAUCAACUAAAUGGGUUGCACCAUACAUUGGAGGUCAAACAGAGAGAGCUGGAGUCGAUCAAUAGAAUAUCUGCAGAACAAAAACAUGCUAUGGAAGACCUUAACCGAAGACUUAGUGAUUCUUUACAGUCAUGUACAGAAGCUAAUGCAAUAAUGAAGAGUCAGAAGGCAUCUAUAGCUGAACUCAAGGCACAAUUAUUUGAAGAGCGAGAUCAGAGGAGAGAAGAACGAGAAAAGGCUGCAGCAGAUUUAAAAGCAGCAGUGCAGAGAGCACAGUUAGAGGCACAAGAGGAAUUAAAACGAUUGUCUGAUGCAUCCUCAAGACGAGAAAGGGAGUUUCAAGAAGUGAUUAAUAAGCUUCAGGAAUCAGAGAGAGAAAGGUGUUUGCUAGUGGAUACUUUGAGGUCCAAACUGGAAGACACUAGGCAAAAGUUGGUUAUCUCUGACAAUAAAGUCCGUCAGCUGGAAACCCAAAUUUGUGAAGAACAGCUAGCCUCUGCAAAUGGAAGAAAGAGAGCGGAAGAACUUGAUCAUGAAAUGAAAAGAUUGAGGAAAGAGCUUGAGAUUGAGAAGCAGUCAGCUCGAGAAGAAGCAUGGGCUAAGGUUUCUGCCCUUGAACUUGAGAUAAAUGCCACAAUUCGGGAUCUUGAUUUUGAGAGACAAAGGCUAAGAGGUGCCAGAGAAAGAAUUAUGCUUCGGGAAACACAGCUACGAGCAUUUUAUUCCACAACUGAGGAGAUUUCGGUACUGUUUGCUAAACAGCAGGAACAACUGAAGGCAAUGCAGAAGACUUUGGAAGAUCAGGAGAAUUAUGAGAACACGUCACUUGAUAUCGACCUCAAUGUACCAAUUGGGGUCAUAAAGGGAACCUUAGGUAGAGAAAAAGAAGAAACAGGGUUCUGUAGUAAAAUCACUGCUAAGGCAGGCCCAGCUGCUUCAGCACAGGGGUUUGACAGAAAUCAAGUUGAAACUUCUAGUGAUGAAGACAGCAUUACUGAGAAGCAUGACUGUGGUUUUAGAAGCCAAGAAUGUCAAAAUACCCAAGAGGCUGAAUUUACAAGUUCAGACCAUUGUGUCAAGGCUGGCUUUGGUUCUGACAUUGAUGGUGUUGGCACAGCACCUGUUUUUGAGGGAGAUGCCGUUGGCACUGAGCGAGUUCUUGAAACUGAAAGCCCUGCACUUGAUGGUGAACGCAAUAUUGAUUUGAACAAGUGCAGCACUUUAGCUGGGGAUACAAUGCAGCUUGACGAUGAAGCCCAUGUGCAAGAAACUGAUGAGCAAACACUUUGUCAGGGAGCUAUGCAUCACUCUCAAUCAAAUAAUCCCCUUGAAAAUUUGAAGUCUAUGGAAGAUACGGAAGCUGAAGGCACAAUAAGAACGGCAGACCUUUUAGCUUCCGAAGUUGCAGGUAGCUGGGCUUGUAGCACAGCUCCUUCCGUCCACGGAGAGAAUGAAUCCCCUAGAAGUAGGGACAAUGACGGGGAAGCUGCUGCAGCUCAACAUGAUUCCAAUGUUCAGGUGGCUGAGAGUCAAAGUGCCUCCUCUUCUGAGGGUAUUGCCAAAAGGAAUGUAUCUCCAAGAAGUAGAGGCAAUGAUGAGGAAGGUGCUGCUGCUCUACACGAUUCCAGUGUUCAGGUAGCUGAGAGUCAAAUUACCCCCUCUUCUGAGGCUGCUGCCAAAAGACGUAAUCAGGAAUGUCAAGCACUAAGUGAAAUGAUUGGAAUUGUUGCUCCCGACUUAAAGGAUCAGUUUGGUGGUGCAAUGGAUGAUGAUUGUGAUCGAGGGAGAGAAAGGCGGGGUUCUACUUCCAACUCAGAUACUGAGAGUUGCACCGACAAUGGUGAUGAUGAUGAUGCAGUUGAGGAUAGUGAUCAAGCUGAUGAGGAUCAGAAACCGGAUGAUCCAAUGGAUGAGGAUGACGAAGCUACCCAAGACGAUUCUCUUGGAUAGGUCUAUAGAGAGGUGCACAAAGUUUCUUUCUUUUUUCUGGUCUGGAUGGGUGGACAAGGCUGUAAAUACUGAAGACCUAUAUCAUAGUUUCCUUUUUUCUUUUUCUUUUUAUUCAGAAAUUUGACCUAAUGUAUCCAAGGCCCUGAUUAUAGUGUACAUGCUGUGUAUGGCUUUUUUCUAGCUUUCCUUCUCUGAGUUUAGUUCUUUCAGCUCAAAAAUCCACACUCCUGAAAUGGGUACACUUUUAGGUUUUUAAGCAGGACCAGAAGGACGCUUCAUAAUUUCUCCCAGUCGCAUUUUACUUUAAUUUUUGUUUUCUAGUUUAUGAUUUUGAAGGAUUUCUCUUUGCUCAGUCAACAGAGGCUAUUGCUUCUCUAA